AUGUCUGGGCGCGUCCUCAAAUCGGUUGCCUUAUUACUGUCGCUUUCAGAUUCCGAGGAAGCUAUGGGCCUCUGCGAUUCAUCCUCACUCAGACGGUCCCGUAGUUAUUCGAAUUUGGUUAUCGAUGUCCCCUUGACUCAUUGUCAUUCCAGUUCGUGGCUAUCGAAUCAGUCAGCCACUUCUUUCACGCGAACUUUGAUGACCAGUAAAAUGCGCCUGUUAUCUCAGCUCGCAAUGUUUUUCCUCAAUGAGAACGACGCGAAGCAUACUGUCCAUGACGACACGCGAAUCAGCACCUAUCCGGAUGCGACAAAACAUCUCCUUUCGCUAUGCCAGCGUCUUCGAAUCCCAUGUAAAUUUAUUGAUCGACCACCACGUCAACAAUGGCUGGGAGAGAAUGAUAGAAAGAGCGAGGCUUCGGACACCCAUCAACACAAUACCAUUCUGGUCAUCGGAGAACCGGCACUCAGCACGUCCGGGUCUGAUACACCAUCUUUUCAGAAUAAUAUUGUGGUUCAGGCGCUCGGUUUUAACAUGCUGUCUGCACGCCAACGUGCUUCUUUAGCGGCCUUCCGGCAGUUGGCGGAGUUGAAAUCGCAUUUCAAGUAA